GUCUCACUCACCCUCAGCCGAGUUCCGACGAUCAUCAGAGCCAUUCCAUCAUCGUGGUAACGGCCCUUUUUCUUGGAGGGGUCACCUGAACCGAGCAGUCCAUGAUACAGGUUUUUGGGGUGAUCAUUUUGACGUGGAGCCAAGACGGAGCCAAGAUAAUGACCCCAGGAGUUGAUGGGGGAUGAGAUGGGUAGUGGCGGGCUUAAUAAAGAGGGUCAAUUCGAUGAACGAGCAACAGUCUGAAGAACCGUCAUAUUUGAGUAUUGUAUCGGCCGAGACAGUGACGUCUGGGAAUAACGACGGGAGGUCUUUUCCAACUUACAGCACAUUAGGCAGCGCAGGUAAUCAACCCUUAUGCCGUGGGAAUUGGUGACCACGGAUCAAGACCAAGAAUACCAACCAACCUGGCCAAGACUUUUUCAUGGCUGCCUUGAGACAGAGAUCCACGACAUAUGAAGUCAUAUUGAGAGUACAAACAUCACCCAACAGACAAACCAACGAAUUGCUCUGUCACUGGCCAAUCGCGUCAUCAUCUCCAAGACCGGGGUUGAUGAACCGCCGGGAGUGGGGGGUCUCAAUCCACUGGAGCGUCACUCUUCUCCACUGUCGGCCCGGGGGGGUUACUGAGAGACAAGAAACUCGAUGGUUUCUAUCACGAGAUAUUGCAAGCAAGGAAGGGUAUUUAAGUUUGCAAGGAGAUAAAUCCUACUGUAACGGUAUAAGGAAGUAUGUUCAAGUUUGACAGCAGUUGUCGCCAGGUUUUUUUAUCUUGUGAAAUUGCUAAUGAUCAACGACCCUUGAUCUUGAGGUUGGUGACUGAGAGUGCUGAUCUGGAGUCGAUGCGAGGCUGGAAAUUAUGCGAAUGGGAGAAAGCCAAGGCACACAAGAUAGAGCGUUUCAAAGAAAUAGACAACUGCUAGUUUGUUUCGAGGACUUCAAGAGAGACACAGCGAUAGUCAAAGCGUAUCCAAUAUCGCUGUGAUCCUGCGCUCAGUCAGUCUUGUUGGUAGCGAAUUAAACUCCAAGAAUACAAGAUCAUAUGGUUUGAUCAUCACAUAGAAUUCCUUAUAUAUAUAGACGCUCGUUUCACUCCCCCUAAUUGCUUUCCAAUCACACGUUUUCCUGUGCCUAUGUAUACGCGUUGAUCUCGGCAUGAAUAUGGCACUUUGCUCGAAACAUCGUCCCCAUCAAAAAAACGGAAACACAAACACCAAAUCCUCCGUCUAAUCAAUCUGUUCCCAAGAUGUCGCUCAAAAUAAACCAUCCUCUCUGCAUAUUGUGAUCCUUGUUUCAUUCUCAUCCACUCUACUUGAAACACUCCCAUCUCCGUCUGUGAUCGCAUCUAAACAUCCCACUUUCCCACCUGGGUUGGGUAUAAUUCUUUUCCUCUUCCCCGUCAACUAACUGCUGCUGAACGUCUCUCCCAACCUCCUCGUUGCAGUGCAGCGCAGCGUUUCCCUUUCUCAGUCACUCGCUAGCAUAGGUGUUGAUCACCUGUUGAUCCGUUACUCUUCACCACGAUCCGUUCUUUUUCUCAACAAUCUUCUCAAUUUUCUUUCCGCCCGCUAAAAAAGCUAUUGAGAUGCAUUUCAUCAACGUUGUCGCCGUCUUCGUCGGCCUUGCAGCCGCAGCGCCCACGGCCACUCCCACCAAAGACAACAUGAUCGCCGUCUCAACCACAGCACCCAGCGCCUACGAAGAUCCAUACACCUAUUGGGCUGCUGGAAACCACUCCUUCAGUACAUGCGACAAGAAGACUUACCGCGCGCACCAGGCCCCCGAGAGCACCAAGCGGGCCGACUACAGAGACUGUGCAGCGCUUCUCUCAACCUUCGGUACUCGUAACGGCACUUUCAGCAUCCCCGCCGCUUCCGACGACAAGCGCGAGUACGAUGUGGGAGAUGGGCUUGUCGACAUCGUCAAAUCAGGAUCGUGCGCCUUUGCUGUGCGUGCUGACAAGGGAUUAAAGGUCGGCGAUGAUGAUGUGGUUUGGAUUAUGCAGAAGGCUGUUCUGGAGUACUCUUCUGGAACGGACAUGGCAGCUCGUGGAUCUGUCAAGUGUGCUGCUGAUGAGGUUGGGAAGAAAGGGGGUCUUUACUGGCAGGUUCAUGGUAUUGAGUCUGCUGGUUAUUAGCUGGCGCCUCGGUGGUCUUGAUGAUCAUCUGUUCGAUCUAUGGAUAUGUGGGAGUUUUUUUAACCUGAAGGAUUUAUUGGAGGAUCGGUUCUGGAACUGUCCUGACGACGAGAUGCGAUUUUUAUGUGCGAUACCCAGGUGUUCACAGAGGAUUUGGCACGUAAAGAUAUAGCCACAAUGAGUACAUAUUUCUUCUCCUCGCGUCUCUAAACGGACGCAUCAUUCAUUAAUGAUACAUGCCAAGAUCAGGGAAGGGCAAUACCAUGGUGCCAUUAUCCACGUUCACUGAGUCGCAUGAUCUAUGGCAUCACAGCCUACCUCAACAGCUUUGGCAGUUCCCGUAGCUUCACAUCUUGAAGAUGAGUAGUUGAUAGAGUACCACCGAGAAGUAUCUACCACAGUGGCCGAUUUGAAGCCAUUAGAAACCGGUCUCGGUGGCUGAGGAUAACGUCGUCAUCUUCAUUGAGGAUCGCAUAUGUCGUUUGCAUGGCUUACAUCAAAGCCAGUAGUUACAGGACUUCCAGCAUACACCUUACUGAUAGAUUCGAAAUGUCUCUUGCACUACAUCCUUUGUUUAGGUAGUUUCAUCGGAACAUGUUCUGGCUCUAGGUCCGGCUUCUGUCCCUUUGUCCUAUCGCUACCAUACACCAUGGCUCACCGACCUAUUUCACUCGCGCGUCAACAACGCCAGCUCCAAUAGGCCGGAUUUUCCGGCUCCUUCAGAUUUAUAAAGGCAACGAAUGCACCACAAGAAGCAGUCACUCAUCUCUCUCUCAAUCUCAUCCCCAGCGCUUUUAUUGAUACAAGAUGAAUGUAUUGGACAACGUCUUCUACUCAUCGUGAGCCACCUAUCAUAACCAGAGUAACUUGAGAGAAAGAGCUCUUAUACGUAGGCGACCUGGAUGAUAUAGAUAAGCGAGCUACUGUCGCGGCAGGCCUUUUCACAAUGAUUAGCAUCAUAGAUGAUUCGAAACAAAGAUCACUUUGGGAGCAUAAGAAUAAAUAUUAUGGC